AUGAGAGUCGUUGAGAUCCCGAGUCACAAGCCCCUUUCACAGCACUCGGCGGCUCGCAGCGUCAGGUUUGGGUGCGCCGGCCCGGGCCGGGGAGGAAGGCACGCCCAGGCCCUGCUUUCGGCCGCCCGCCUCCUCUGCGCACAGGAGCCCCGAGAGGCUUUCUCUCGGACAGUCUCCUUCCACGCGGUGCGGAAUGGUUGCCGGGUGACACAUGGAAUUGAGACUAACUUUGCCGCAGCUUUUUCCCCAGCCCACGCCUCCCGCAGUUGCGAACUUCAUUUCCCAUGGAAUCCCGGGUUCCCAGAGUCCGAAGCCCGCGGCACCCUGGGAGCGGUAGUCCACGCGGGCCGCUGGCUCCGACCAGAACAACGGGAGGAGUCUGAGGCUAGGACCACACCUCCCGGAGGCCCGGGGACUGGCUGCCGGGGCAGGGGUCGGGGCCGCGGCUGGGGCCUGAGCCGGGGCUACGUGCCGGAGGAGGAGAGCAGUGACGGGGAAUCCGACGAUGAGGAGUUUCAGGGUUUUCAUUCAGAUGAAGAUGUGGCCCCCAGUUCCCUGCGCUCUGCGCUCCGAUCCCAGCGAGGUCGAGCCCCCCGAGGUCGGGGCCGCAAGCAUAAGACGACCCCCCUUCCUCCUCCUCGUCUAGCAGAUGUGGCUCCUACCCCCCCAAAGACCCCUGCCCGGAAACGGGGUGAGGAGGGUACAGAACGGAUGGUGCAGGCACUAACUGAACUCCUCCGGCGGGCCCAGGCACCCCCAGCUCCUCGGAGUCGGCCAUGUGAGCCCUCCACCCCCCGUCGGUCUCGGGGACGGCCCCCAGGACGACCAGCAGGCCCCUGCCGGAAGAAGCAACAAGCAGUAGUGGUGGCAGAAGCAGCUGUGACAAUCCCCAAACCUGAGCCCCCACCUCCUGUGGUUCCAAUAAAACAGCGAACUGGCAGCUGGAAGUGCAAAGAAGGGCCUGGCCCAGGGCCCGGGACCACCAAGCGUGGAGGACAUUCUGGACGUGGAGGCCGUGGAGGCAGGGGCCGAGGCCGAGGCGGGCUCCCCCUUGUGAUCAAGUUUGUUUCAAAGGCCAAAAAAGUGAAGAUGGGACAGCUGUCCUUGGGACUUGAAUCAGGUCAGGGUCAAGGUCAACAUGAGGAAAGCUGGCAAGACGCUCCCCAAAGACGAGUUGGAUCUGGACAGGGAGGGGGACCUUGUUGGAAGAAGCAGGAGCAGAAGCUGGAGGAGGAGGAAGAGGAGAAGAAAGAAGAAAAAGACAAGGAGGAGGAAGAAGAGAAGAAAGAGAACUUUGUAGCUGAAGAAGAGAUGAUACUGGCCAAGGGAAAAGAAGAGGCAAAGCUGCCAUCACCACCCUUGACUCCUCCNNNNCCCCCCCCCCCUCCACCCCUCCCCCCCCCUUCAACAUCUCCUCCACCCCCACUUUGCCCUCCGCCACCCCCAGUGUCUCCUCCAUCUCUACCAUCACCUCCACCGCCACCUCCUGCCCCAGAGGAACAGGAAGAGUCUCCGCCUCCCGUGGUCCAAGUCACGUGCUCCAGAAAGCGAGGCCGGCCUCCUCUGACUCCCAGCCAGCGGGCAGAGCGGGAAGCUGCUCGGGCAGGGCCAGAGGGCACCUCUCCUUCCACUCCAUCCCCUAGCACUACCACAGGAGGCCUCCUGGAAGACAGUCCCACUGUGGCCCCCAAAAGUACCACCUUCCUGAAGAAUAUCCGGCAGUUUAUCAUGCCUGUGGUGAGUGCCCGCUCCUCCCGUGUCAUCAAGACACCCCGGCGAUUUAUGGAUGAAGACCCCCCCAAACCCCUAAAGGUGGAGAUCUCACCUAUUCUGCGACCUCCUGUUGCUACCUCCCCACUUGCUCCCCUAGAACCAGCACCAGCCCCUUCUCCACCACGUGCUCCAACUCCUCCAUCUAUUCCAGUCCUACUCCCUGAGAAGAGACGGUCCAUUCUAAGGGAACCCACAUUUCGCUGGACCUCACUGACACGGGAGCCACCCCCUCCACCCCCUGCCCCUCCACCAGUCCCAUCCCCCCACCUGAAGAUCUACGAAUCGGUGCUCACUACUCCUCUUGGAGCUCCUGAAGCUCCUGAGCCAGAGCCGCCUCCUGCCGAUGACUCUCCAGCUGAGCCUGAGCCACGGGCAGUGGGCCGUACCAACCACCUCAGCCUGCCUCGAUUUGUCCCUGUGGUCACCACUCCUGCUAAGGCUGAGGUGUCCCAUCAUGGAGCUCCAGCUCUGAGCAAUGGGCAACAGCUUCAAGCUCAGCUACAGCAGCCCCUCCCGGCCUUGCAAACCCAGCUAUUGCCCCAGGCACUACCACCACAGCAGCCACAAUUACAACUGCAGCCACCACCGCCAUCACCACAGCAGAUAACACCACUGGAGAAGGCCCGGACUGCAGGCCUGGGUUCCUUACCGUUGUCUGGAGUGGAGGAGAAGAUGUUCAGCCUCCUCAAGAGAGCCAAGGUGCAGCUCUUCAAGAUUGACCAGCAGCAGCAACAGCAGCAGCAGCAGCAGCAGCAGCAGCAGAAGGUGGCGUCUCUGAUGCCGCUGAGCCCUGGAGGGCAACUGGAAGAGGCCGUGGGGACUGUCAAGCAGAUCCCAGACAGAGGUUCUGUCAAGUCUGAAGAUGAAUCACUGGAGGCUAAGAGAGAGAGGAUCUCGGGCCCUGAGUCCCCUGUGCAAGGUCCCCGCAUCAAACAUGUCUGCCGUCACGCUGCUGUGGCACUGGGUCAGGCCCGGGCCAUGGUGCCUGAAGAUGUCCCCCGCCUCAGUGCCCUCCCUCUCCGGGAUCGGCAGGACCUCGCCACAGAGGAUACAUCAUCGGCAUCUGAGACUGAGAGUGUCCCAUCACGGUCCCAGAGGGGAAAAGUGGAGUCGUCAGGGCCUGGGGGAGACUUAGAACCUGCUGGGUCUGGAGGGACUUUGACCCACACGCCCCGGCGCUCGCUCCCUUCCCACCAUGGCAAGAAGAUGAGGAUGGCUCGGUGUGGACACUGUCGGGGAUGCUUGCGUGUGCAAGACUGUGGGUCUUGUGUCAACUGCCUGGACAAGCCCAAGUUUGGGGGCCCAAACACCAAGAAGCAGUGCUGCGUAUACCGAAAGUGUGACAAGAUAGAGGCUCGGAAGAUGGAACGGCUGGCUAAAAAAGGCCGGACGAUAGUGAAGACGCUGUUGCCCUGGGAUUCCGAUGAAUCUCCUGAGGCCUCCCCUGGUCCUCCAGGCCCACGCCGGGGGGCGGGAGCUGGGGGGCCCCGGGAGGAGGUGGUGGCCCCCCCAGGGCCCGAGGAGCAGGACUCCCUCCUACUGCAGCGCAAGUCAGCUCGGCGCUGCGUCAAACAGCGACCCUCCUAUGAUAUCUUCGAGGACUCGGAUGACUCGGAGCCCGGGGGUCCCCCUGCUCCUCGGCGUCGGACGCCCCGAGAAAAUGAGCUGCCAGUGCCAGAACCUGAGGAGCAAAGCCGGCCCCGUAAGCCCACCCUGCAGCCUGUGUUGCAGCUCAAGGCCCGAAGGCGCCUGGACAAGGAUUCUUUGGCCCCUGGCCCAUUUGCUUCUUUUCCUAAUGGCUGGACUGGAAAGCAGAAGUCCCCUGAUGGUGUGCAUCGAGUUCGUGUGGACUUUAAGGAGGAUUGUGACCUAGAGAACGUGUGGCUGAUGGGUGGCCUGAGUGUGCUCACUUCUGUGCCAGGGGGCCCUCCAAUGGUGUGCUUGCUCUGUGCCAGCAAAGGACUGCAUGAGCUUGUGUUCUGCCAAGUCUGCUGCGACCCUUUCCACCCGUUCUGCCUGGAGGAGGCUGAGCGGCCCUUGCCCCAGCAUCACGACACCUGGUGCUGCCGUCGAUGCAAGUUCUGCCAUGUCUGUGGACGCAAAGGCCGGGGCUCCAAGCACCUCCUGGAAUGUGAGCGCUGUCGCCAUGCUUACCACCCAGCCUGCCUAGGGCCCAGCUACCCAACACGGGCCACACGCAAACGGCGCCACUGGAUCUGUUCAGCCUGCGUGCGCUGUAAGAGCUGUGGGGCAACUCCAGGCAAGAACUGGGACGUCGAGUGGUCUGGAGAUUACAGCCUCUGCCCCAGGUGCACCCAGCUCUAUGAGAAAGGAAACUACUGCCCCAUCUGCACACGUUGCUAUGAAGAUAACGACUAUGAGAGCAAGAUGAUGCAGUGUGCACAGUGCGACCACUGGGUACACGCAAAGUGCGAGGGGCUCUCAGAUGAAGACUACGAGAUCCUUUCGGGGCUGCCAGACUCGGUGCUGUAUACCUGUGGACCAUGUGCUGGGGCCACACAGCCCCGCUGGCGAGAGGCCCUGAGUGGAGCGCUACAGGGGGGUCUGCGCCAGGUGCUCCAGGGCCUGCUGAGCUCCAAGGUGGUGGGCCCACUGCUGCUGUGUACCCAGUGUGGGCAGGAUGAGAAGCAGCUGCAUGCAGGCCCCUGUGAUCUGCAAGCUGUGAGUCAGCGCUUUGAGGAAGGCCACUACAAGUCCGUGCACAGCUUCAUGGAGGACAUAGUGGGCAUCCUGACAAGGCACUCAGAAGAAGGGGAGACCUUGGAGCGCCGGGCAGGAGGCCAGAUGAAGGGGCUCCUACUGAAGCUGCUAGAGUCUGCGUUCGGCUGGUUCGACGCCCACGACCCCAAGUACUGGCGACGGAGUACCCGGCUGCCGAAUGGAGUCCUUCCCAAUGCGGUGUUGCCCCCAUCCCUGGACCAUGUCUAUGCUCAGUGGAGACAGCAGGAACUGGAGACCCCAGAAUCAGGGCAGCCUCCAGGGGAUCCAUCAGCAGCUUUCCAAGGCAAGGAUCCAGCUGCUUUCUCACAUCUGGAGGACCCCCGUCAGUGUGCGCUCUGCCUCAAAUACGGAGAUGCAGACUCCAAGGAGGCAGGGCGGCUUCUGUACAUCGGGCAGAAUGAGUGGACUCAUGUCAAUUGUGCCAUUUGGUCAGCUGAAGUGUUUGAGGAGAACGACGGGUCCCUCAAGAAUGUGCAUGCAGCUGUGGCUCGAGGAAGGCAGAUGCGCUGUGAGCUCUGCCUGAAGCCAGGAGCCACGGUAGGCUGCUGCCUUUCCUCCUGCCUCAGCAACUUCCACUUCAUGUGUGCCCGGGCCAGCUACUGCAUCUUCCAGGAUGACAAGAAAGUUUUCUGCCAGAAACACACAGACCUCCUGGAUGGCAAGGAGAUCGUGACCCCAGAUGGCUUUGAUGUUCUCCGCCGAGUCUAUGUGGAUUUUGAAGGCAUCAACUUCAAGCGAAAGUUCUUGACAGGGCUCGAACCUGAUGCCAUCAAUGUGCUCAUUGGCUCUAUCCGAAUCGAUUCUCUGGGUACUCUGUCUGAUCUCUCAGACUGCGAGGGACGGCUCUUUCCCAUCGGCUACCAGUGCUCCCGUCUGUAUUGGAGCACAGUGGAUGCUCGGAGGCGCUGCUGGUAUCGGUGCCGAAUUCUGGAGUAUCGGCCGUGGGGGCCGAGGGAAGAGCCAGCUCACCUGGAGGCAGCGGAGGAGAACCAGACCAUAGUGCACAGCCCUGCCCCUUCCUCAGAGCCCCCAGAUCAUGAGGACCCAUCACCAGAUACAGAUGGCCUUACCCCUGGAGCUCCUGAACACCACUCACCCAUUCAGAACCUGGACCCCCCACUUCGGCCAGAUUCAAGCAGUGCUCCUCCUCCAGCCCCCCGUUCUUUCUCAGGGGCUCGAAUCAAAGUGCCCAACUACUCACCAUCCCGGAGGCCCUUGGGGGGUGUCUCCUUUGGUCCCCUGCCCUCCCCUGGAAGUCCAUCUUCUCUGACCCAUCACAUCCCUACAGUAGGAGACCCGGACUUCCCAGCUCCCCCAAGACGCUCCCGUCGUCCCAGCCCACUGACCCCCAGGCCACCUUCAUCAAGGCGGGCCUCCCCUCCUCUCAGAAGCUCCCCUCAGCUCAGGGUGCCUCCUCCUACCUCAGUUGUUACAGCCCUCACACCUACCUCAGGGGAGCUGGCUCCCCCUGGCCCAGCCCCAUCUCCCCCACCACCCCCUGAUGACCUGGGCCCAGACUUCGAGGACAUGGAGGUGGUGUCAGGACUGAGUGCUGCUGACCUGGACUUUGCGGCUAGCCUGCUGGGGACCGAACCCUUCCAGGAAGAGAUUGUGGCUGCAGGGGCUGUGGGUGGCAGCCAUGGUGGUCCAGGAGACAGCUCAGAGGAGGAGACCAGCCCCACCACCCAUUACGUUCACUUCCCUGUGACCGUGGUAUCUGGCCCUGCUCUGGCCCCUGGCACCCUUGCUGCAGCUCCUCGCAUCGAACAGCUGGACGGAGUGGACGACGGCACUGACAGUGAGGCUGAAGCAGUCCAGCAGCCUCGGGGCCAGGGGACUCCUCCUUCAGGGCCAGGAGUGGGCCGAGCUGGGGUCCUUGGGGCUGCAGGAGAUAGGACCCGACCUCCUGAGGACCUGCCGUCAGAAAUUGUGGAUUUUGUGUUGAAGAACCUAGGGGGACCUGGAGAGGGAGGUGCUGCUCCCAGAGAGGAGUCGCUUCCCCUGGCACCUCCCCUAGCAAAUGGCAGCCAGCCCCCCCAGGGCCUGCCCCCUAGCCCAGCUGACCCCACCCGGACAUUUGCCUGGCUCCCUGGGGCCCCAGGGGUCCGAGUGUUGAGCCUGGGCCCUGCCCCUGAGCCCCCCAAACCUGCCACAUCCAAAAUCAUCCUUGUCAACAAGCUGGGGCAAGUAUUUGUGAAGAUGGCUGGGGAAGGUGAACCCGUCCCACCCCCAGUGAAGCAGCCACCUCUGCCCCCUCCCAUUCCCCCCACAACUCCAACAUCCUGGACUCUGCCCCCAGGACCCCUACUUGGUGUGUUGCCUGUGGUAGGGGUGGUCCGGGUGGUCCGCCCUGCCCCGCCCCCCCCCCCCCCUCCACUGACGCUGGUAUUGAGCAGUGGGCCCCCAAGCCCACCUCGCCAGGCCAUCCGCGUCAAGAGGGUAUCCACCUUCUCUGGCCGUUCCCCACCAGCACCUCCCCCCAACAAAACUCCUCGGCUGGAUGAAGAUGGAGAGUCCUCGGAAGAUACCCCCCAAGUUCCAGGGCUUGGUAGCAGUGGGUUUAGCCGAGUGAGGAUGAAAACGCCCACAGUGCGUGGAGUUCUCGACCUGGAUAAUCCUGGGGAGCCUGCUGGGGAGGAAAGCCCUGGGCCCCUCCAGGAACGGUCCCCUUUGCUGCCACUUCCAGAAGGUGGUCCUCCCCGGGCCACUGAUGGUCCCCCAGACUUGCUGCUUGAGUCCCAGUGGCACCACUAUUCAGGUGAGGCUUCAAGUUCUGAGGAAGAGCCUCCAUCCCCAGAGGACAAAGAGAACCAGGCCCCCAAGCGGUCUGGCCCACAUCUGCGCUUCGAGAUCAGCAGUGAGGACGGAUUCAGUGUGGAGGCAGAGAGCUUGGAAGGGGCAUGGAGAACUCUGAUUGAGAAGGUGCAGGAGGCCCGAGGACAUGCCCGGCUCAGACAUCUCUCCUUCAGCGGGAUGAGCGGGGCAAGGCUCCUAGGCAUCCAUCAUGAUGCCGUCAUCUUCCUGGCAGAGCAGCUACCUGGGGCCCAGCGCUGCCAGCACUAUAAGUUCCGCUACCACCAGCAGGGAGAGGGCCAGGAGGAACCACCCCUGAAUCCCCAUGGGGCCGCCCGGGCUGAGGUCUAUCUCCGGAAGUGUACCUUUGACAUGUUCAACUUCCUGGCCUCUCAGCACCGGGUACUCCCUGAGGGGGCCACCUGUGAUGAGGAAGAGGAUGAGGUGCAGCUCAGGUCAACCAGACGUGCCACCAGCCUAGAACUGCCUAUGGCCAUGCGCUUUCGCCACCUCAAGAAAACAUCCAAAGAGGCUGUUGGUGUUUACAGAUCAGCCAUCCAUGGGCGAGGCCUGUUCUGUAAGCGCAACAUCGAUGCUGGUGAGAUGGUCAUCGAGUACUCGGGUAUCGUCAUUCGCUCUGUGCUGACUGACAAGCGGGAGAAGUUCUACGAUGGGAAGGGCAUUGGGUGCUACAUGUUCCGCAUGGAUGACUUUGAUGUGGUGGAUGCCACGAUGCACGGCAAUGCUGCCCGCUUCAUCAACCACUCAUGUGAGCCCAACUGCUUCUCCCGGGUCAUCCACGUGGAAGGCCAAAAACAUAUUGUCAUCUUCGCCCUGCGCCGCAUCCUGCGUGGUGAGGAGCUCACCUACGACUACAAGUUCCCCAUUGAGGAUGCCAGCAACAAGCUGCCCUGCAAUUGUGGCGCCAAGCGUUGCCGUCGGUUCCUAAACUGAGGCCGUAGCUGCCCCCCAACAAUCCAUCCCCUCCCCCCGCUGCCAUCUUGCCCAUAGCCUGGGGGCUCCCUAGUUCCUCGCAGAGUGUCUCACUCCAACCCUCAUGUUCAGGGUGGAUGUGGGCAUGCAGGUGGCAAGGGCCCUGCCUCUUCCCCUCCAGCCCACCCAGCAAUCGCCCCCUUCCUGACCUGGGGGCCCAGGAUGUAGAUAUUGUACAAAAGUUUCUAAAUCCCUUCUUUUCUAUGCACUUUUUUAUUUAAGAGGGUGGGGUCCCAGGUGGGAACCCCCCACAAUAAAGUCUGUCAAUGUUUGGAGA